AUGGGCUGCUCCCCAUCCAAAGGAAACCAUUUUGCUGGCGCACACAGUCCUUUCCGGAGAGGAAGGACUCUUCUGCCCGCCAACCAAGAAAAUGCAGGUGAGUCUGACGAUGGGGCAAGUGGAGGCUCUUCCACUGCUGGAGAAACAGAUGGAGAGAGACAUUCUUGGACCAGUGGGGAGAGGCAGGCAAAUGGUCUGCAAGAUGUCACGAUAGCAUGCCCAGCAAAGAAGCCUGUAAAUGAAGGGGGGAGCUGCUCGAACAAACUUGAACCUCAGGAAAUCAAAGUAAAUGUUUUAUCAUCUCAAAUAAAGGAUAAGCCAGGGGAAAAUCAAGAAUCAGGUGAGAAAAAAGCUGUUAAGAAAACGAAAAAGCCCAUCAAAGGAAUUAAACUGGGUAAGAAGAAAGAGAAAGACAAAAAAGCUCCUGCCACUGAGACAAAAGUGGACUUUCCAGAGUUGCUGGUGAAAGCCCACCAGGCUGCCUAUGGUUACCUUAACCCCAGUAUAACCAAAUAUGACGUCUUGCUUGGACUUUUGGACCACGCCGCUCAAACUCAGAUUUCGUUGCAGCCCAUGGUGGCUUUCAUGCUCAUGCGCUACGAGGAGAUCAACAGAGGGCUGGAGGAAAUAGUGGAGGAAGGAGAGAGACUUCUCAAAGAAAACGGAGAACAUCUGGCUUGGCCUUGCCAAAUGAAAAAUCUCUCAACCACUUCUGCCAGAACAAGCGCUUCCCCCUCCUCCCCCGCAGACCCCCCUCCAGAUCUAUUACAGCAGCUUCUGCAGUACACCAUUCAAAGGAUGCAUCUCGUCAGCCAAUCAGUGAGUGCAGUGGGGGAUUCAGCACUGGAAGAGGCCGUGGAUUACUUUACUUCAGUGUCUGACACACUGGAAGAGAAACUGAAGGUCAAACGUGCAUCCGAGGCUCGGCUCAUGCGACUGUUGGCACGCGUGGAAGCUGCCACGCUCCGCAAACCAGGCCCGGAGGACUCGGCGCUGUUCAGUGAGGACAGUGGGAUCGGCGCUGAGAGCGAGUCAUUGGCUGGAUCAGACAGACAGAGACGCCGCCGAGAGAGCUGUGAGUCCAGUGGGACCAACUACACGUCAGCAAGCAGCCCAAUGGGUGGCAACUUUACUCCAGUCUCCAAGGGAACUCCAACGUGCAAACUCACGCGUAAAACAAGUUCCAAUCUCUCUCUCAACUCCAUAGACUCUUUUUGUAAUUUUGCAAAGGAGCAAAGAGACUCUGAAUUUCUUUGCAGCUCUGCCUCAAUAGAUGAUGAUGAGAGAGAGGAUGGGAAAGAUGUAGAUAAUCACGAAGGAGGAGAAUGUAAUAGCAAGAAGUGCCCAAGCGCCUCCCCAUUGCAUGCUUGCCAACAGCCACGUCGUUUACCUUCUAAACGUAUAGAAAAUCCACAAAAUAUAGAAAUGACAUUGAAAAUGAGGGAGGCCAUUAGUGGGCGGAUCAGAUUUGUACCAUCAUCACCGAAGACCAGUCCAAAGGUAAAGCAGACAGACAGUCCAAAAAUUAGUCGCCGACAGUGGAAUGAAGAGGAGUCCAUGCCGAAACGACCCCAAACACCCACACUUCGGACACCAAAGAAAAAGACAGCAGUGGCAAAACAUCGGCGGACCCAUUCUGCGGACUCAAUUCGUAGCAAAGCUGAGGACCCCACACUGCUGGAGUUGGCGAGGACUCAGAAGGACUUGACUCAGAGACUUGACCAGAUGAGUAAGGCUGAGGGGAACCUUAGAAACAGUGCUGCUAAACAAGGAAAGGGGAAGACCCAGCCAAGCUCACCGUCAGCACCUGUUCGUUUACGCCCUUUGCAGAAGACCCCACAGAGUCCAUCAAAAUCCCCUAAAAAAACAGGCCAUGGAAACAGUUCGACUAAAGAAAGGGAAAUACAAAAGGAUCAUGGAAACAGUUCAACUCAGGGAAAAGAGAUAAAAACGGAGAUACAAAAGGAAUCAGGUGACUGUCUGGAUAGAAAUACUGAAACAGAAGACAAGAUCCUCCCAAAACCAACUCCUUCAAGCCCAACACUACAAAAGCCCACUGGGCUGUACAGGGGCAGAAAUUCUGUGAAAAGAUUAAUAGACACAUUCAGCCAUGGAGUUGAGGAGAUUAAAGAUACACCAGAAAAUGUCAAAAUCCUUGGCACUCUGAAGGGUGUGAUGAAGUGUGGCAUUCCUAUCAUUCCUGGAUUAGGGGGCACAGCCACAGUGCUCACAAUUGGGAAUGAUAACUUCCGAGUGGACUCGAGAGCCUCUGACCGAGCGGAUGAUGUUGACCUUGAUGACCUGCCUCCCCCUCCCCCUGAGGUACUUAUGGAUAACUCUUUUGAAAACGUCCAAAAAUCAGAACCUGAGGAAGGAGGGGCCGACAAAGGUCAUUCUCCUCUCCUCAGAAGAAGUAUCAUGUCCCAGAAGCUACGUGCUUCCAUGCAGUCAGUGACAGUGCUACCCAGUAGAGGUGGCAUGCGACCGGGUUCUCUUAGCAUGUUGCCACCAUGUCCUGUGCAACAAGAAAUGAGCACAACAUCUGCAGCCUCUCACCAGGAGUCUCAGCAGAGAGACAGUAACACUUGUGAUGCAGUGCCUUCAACUUCCAUAAGCAACAGCCAGUCAACUGCAACAUCAACGUCCAAAACUCGAAUGUUGCCCUCCACUCCUGUAACUUCCUGCAGCCUUCAACGAAGACUCCCUAGUCCCCACGUCUUUAAACGGCAACCCACCCCUCCCUCUUCUGCUAGCCCUCCAGUCACACGCAAACUCCCCCAAACACCACCACCAGUGAGCCAAAGGAGACAUCCCAGCCCCAGUGCCCCAAGCCCAGUGUCUAUGUCCACGUAUCCCAUCAAGGCCCCGUCCCCACCAGCUUCUCCAAAAGUGCAGAGGUGGUCACGGGAAAACAGCAGCGAUGACUCGAUGUCCUCAUCACGCAUAUUCAGCAAUGCCCGGUCGGUGUUCUGUCCUGCCUCACCCUCUCUGUUUGAGGCGAAGCCCUGCCCGCUGCCCCGACCCCCACAAGCAUGGACUUCCACAAGAGAGGCUGCUAUAUCUUCUCUUUGGGGGGACCGUGGGAGGCACCCUGUGGCAGUGCAUGGACCAAAGCCUUUCAUCAGGCGAAGCCACUCUGACCGAAGGCCCAGUCUGAAUUAUCCACCCAGAGGACAAGCGGUCUCCUAUGCAGAGACCUGUGGGAGCGAGCCAGCCAUUGCUUGUCAGGGGCUGGAAGAUGGACCAAUUAAAGACUCUGACCGAUGGGACCACCACUCGGACCUCGGCGGUGCGACCCGCUCCGCUUCACAUCCAGAUCUGUGCAUUAUAGGGCAGUCCUUACACCGUGAAUGAGUGGGCGGACGGAGGACCAAAAUGGAUUAUGGAUUAGCAACCUCCUCUGAGAUUAAGACUUUUUUCCACUGGGAAGCGGAGAAUGACUAAUUCUGUGAAAGCCUCUUAAGUGGUGGUACCUCUUCUUCCCACCUCAGUGUCACUCUUCAAC